GAGGGAAGAGCAGGAGAAAGAGAGAGUGGGAGAAAUAGAGAAGGGUGAGAGUGAGGAAAAAAGGGAGGACAAGGGAAGAAGAGAGGAAGAGGAAAGGGAGAAAAGGAGAGGGGGAGGGGUCGGGGAUCAAGUCGGCGCCAGCGGCUGGCCAGCCCCGCCCACCUCCGCGCUGAUUGGUCCAGCCGGUACGUCCGGUUUUGUGCAGGAGGAUGGCGGAGCUUCAUAUCAUUGGGCAGAUUGUCGGAGCAAGUGGCUUUCCUCAGCACAGUCUGUUCUGCAAAUGGGGACUGCACGCAGGUUGUGCUUGGAAGCUCCUGUCUGGCUUAAGGGAAGGGCAAACGCAAGUGGACAACCCAGCAAUGAAGGAGAUGUCCUACUGGUCACAUCCUGUUGAUGUGCACUAUGCAACCAAAGGUCUCCAAGGCUGGCCCAAACUCUUCCUGCAGGUCUGGCACCAGGACUCCUUUGGCCGGAGCGAGCUCUACGGCUACGGUUUCUGCCACAUCCCCAGCAGUCCAGGCUUCCACCAGAUGGACUGCGUCACCUGGCGGCCUCUGGGCACCUGGCAGGAGCAGCUGUCCCAGAUGUUUGUUGGCGGCGGCCCCCAGCUGAAACACAGCGACCUGAUCCACACCGGGGCCGACCGCUACCGACUGCACACUGUGGCCAUGGGCAAGGUCCACCUGCAGCUCAACAUCAUCCUUCGCAACUUCGACCGCUAUGGGGUGGAGUACUAAGUGGUGAGCCGGCACUGUCGUAGGGAGUGGACGUUUACCGGGCAGGAGGGAUCCUCCCCACUUCCCGCCUGUCGCCUGCCAUCUAUGAGACAGUCUUCAGAAGAUCCUCCGAUCACAUGCGGCACUGGUGGAGCCGCUGCCUCUUAGCACUAGAGAGCCCAGGUUCGAUCCUGACCUCGGGUGCUGGCUGUGUGGGGUUUCCACGCUCCCCGUGUGACCGCGUGGGUUUCCUCCAUUUCCGAAAGACGUGCGGGUUAGUAGGUUAAUUGGUCUCUGCAAUAUUAUGCAGGGAGUGGGAUAAUACAGAACUAUUGUGAACGGGGGGGGGGGGGGGGGGUCGAUGGUCAGUGUGGAUUCAGUGGGUCGAAAGGACUGUUCCCAAUCUGUGUCGAUCAAUCAAUCAAUCUAUUAAUCAAUUCAAUCAAUCAAGCUUCACAAAGAUCUCAACUCCAGCUCUGCUACACGGAUUUGGUGCCUGUGUCUAAGAACAAGAAAUAAGAACGAGAGCGGGCCAGUUGGCCAUGGAAUCUGCUCUGUUAUUCCAUACGAUCAUGGUUAGUUUGCUCUUGGUCUCUGCCCCACCAUCCUAUGUGAUCCUCAUAUCUGACUCCCUACAGUUCAAACGUUUGCCAGUCCCAACCUGUGAAUGACUCGGCCUCCGCAGCUCUUUAGGAUAGAGAAUUGCAGAGUCAUAAUCCUGAGGGAAGGUUUUCCUCCUCAUCUCCAUCUGAAAUGUGGGAUUCUUUAUAAUUGAAAAUAAAUAGUUCUAGAUUUCUCCUCGCAGUGUAAUAUCCUCUCAGCCUCCAACCUGUCAAAUGUCCUCGGAAUAAUAUUAGCUAUAAUAUUCAUAAACUCCAGUGGUUGUAGAUUCAAGCUGCUCGUACUUUAUCAGACAACCUGUUUGUCCCAGUAAUCGACCUAAUCGACUUUCCUUGAGCUGUCUCCAGUGCAAGUACGUCUCUUCUUAGAGAAGGCGACCAAAACUAUAUGGCGUAUUCCCUCCUUGGUCUCACCAAUGAAAAGCAAAAAACAAAAUGCAGGUGCUCGAAAUCUUUAAUAAAAACAGAAACUGCUGGAAACACUCAGCGGGCCAGGCAGCUUCUGCAGAGAGAGAUAGAAGGCCCUUUGUUAGAAUUGAAAUACAGAAAACGAAAGUUAGAUUUAACUGAGACACAAGGAACUGCAGAUGCUUGUUUACAACAAAAAGCACAAAGUGCUGGAGUAACUCAGCGGGCCAGGCAGCUCUUAUGGGGAACAGGGAUUGGUGACGUUUCAGGUUGGAACUCUUCUCCAGACCAGACCCGAAAUGUCCCAUAUUCAUGGUCGGUGCCUGACCCGCUGAAUUACUCCAGCACUUUGUGUCUUUUUUCAAGAUUUAUCUCGCACUAAAAACGUAACUAACUUUUCUCCCUCUGUCCCCAUACUCUUGACGGAUCUUUGACUUGAAUGAUCAGCUCUCUUCCCCUUUCCACAAAUGCUGCCCGACCUGCUGAGUGUUUCCAGCAUUUGCCGUUGUUGUUUGUCGUCUCAUGAAUAUAUUUAUAUAAAAAGUGUGUCUACUUUUGUACUUGUUGCAAUAACAGCUGAUGUCCUUU